AUAUAUUAUAGCAAUAUAUCCCAGGGAUUGAGAGAAGAUAAGGGUAAGAAUGUGGUAAGUGUUUGAAUAAGAGGAACAGAUAAAAAAUCGAGACGUGCACUGAACAUUAUCAUGGACCUGAAAAGAGUUUUUGGUAUUCUGCUGUUCUUUUUGCCAGUACUCACAGCGGAAAACGAAAAGAAGAGUUUGAAUGGAACUGGUUGUUUAAUAACAAUUUUGAAAAUCGGAUUCAGUCAUGACACCUGUGAAAUCACGGAUCAACAUUCUAUGAAAUUGUUUCCGGAAUCUGUAGAGUUCCCCUGCAAAGAUCAAUGUACUUUUGAAGUGGACGUUGAUGAAUGUGAAAAUAAUCAAGAGAGGAAAAAAAGGGCCACAAAUGGGAAAAGUCGGAAGAUGCUUUUUAAUCAGAGUCAAUUUAAAGACGUGUUAAUUGACAUGGAAUGUGCCUCAAAAAAUCUAUACGAAAAUAUUUGUAAAUGUUCAGGGACUUCCACAAGCAGCUAUAAUGAUUACUCAACCAACAACAAUCGCGAAAAAGAAUCUACGACGCUUGAGCCUCAGAUUGGAACAUCUGAUAUGUACUCAGAACAUCAGUCUUAUGAUGACGUAUUUACAAGAGAAAUGUCACAUGUAUCAGGGGAAACACAUAAUUUAACCGCACUAGUGGUUGGAUUCGGCGUUGGAUCCUUUAUUCUCGGUGUGGUCCUCAGUCUCGUUGUUGUCUUCAUCGUUAGGAAAUGUAGAAUCCAAGGAAAUCAGAACAAUGAUUUAAAGUGCAACGUGAACAACCCAAUUUAUAACAAAAACGUUGAAGGUAGCGAAUCUAGUCGAAGAGGAAGUAUCCCUAAUACGGUUUCUACCAUGCCUAUUGCCGACACAAACACUGCCUAUUCCGAGGUAAAAAUACUUUCGGAUAAUAAAGGUGAUAUCUACAACCAUCUACAUGAGAAAGUUACUCCUGAUACAUCUGGUCUAAACAGCGAUUACGACCAUGCCAAGCCUUUAAAGGAACAGCUUAGUCCAGACAGAGAAUACAGCCAUCUCACUUCCAAAAUCGACUCGGAGGAUUUCAAAUCAAACGAAGAUAUUCAACAAUCAGCAAGAAUAGAAGAAAACGCAGAUGAAAACAAUGAUAAUUAUUUUACAUUGGAAAAAAUAAAUUAACAUUUUGUAAUGUUCGCCUAUA